AUGAGCUCAUCAGAGUCAGGGAGUGAGAGUGAUAGCUCCUCGAAGAGGUCUGGAAGUGGAUCCUCUAACGGUGAUGAUUACGAAGAUGAGUAUGAUGAAAGCAAGAAUGGCUCUCGAAGUGCGUCGAGUGCAUCAUCAGGGUCGAGUAAAGGGAGCGGUGGGUCAGACAAGUCGGACAGCGGUAAAAAAUACACGGAAUCGGAUGUCUCCACAAGCAGAAGGAAGAGCAGCGUGUUGGCUGCUUCCGAAGGCAGUGACAAGAGCGGCGCGUCGAGUGCCUCUGGUAGUAGAAGGGGCAGUGGGUCGGGUUCAUCUGGAAGUAAUAGAUCCGGUGAAGGUCGGCGGCGAAGUGGCAAAAAUGGCACUGGAACUUACCUUAGCUCAAGGAGAAAAGACGAUUCCAGCGACCACGAGUCUUCUGACGAUGGGGGUAGUUCGUCUGCUUCAAGUGACACUCCCCCGAAGAAGCGUCCAGAGGUGAAAAAACAUGUCGUACCACACGCACGGAGCGCUGGUGAUGAUUCUAACGCAGGCAGCGACAGUAAACCGACCACACGACCCUCUGCCGAGACUGGGCAAACCCGUGGAGCGGCCUACGCGAUGGCUGACCAGCAGGUUACCUCUGUGUCUACCAAAGAGGAACUUAACGACCUUCUUUUGUUAAAUGAUCAACUUCGUUUGAAGUUGGAAGCACAACGUUCAAUUCUUCAAAAGGGAAGGAAUACUACUUUAUGUCGCUCCCAAAACAGGACAAUGUGGAAACAAUACCAAAGACCCGCCGCUGCUAGUUUCCAGCGGAUGUUGAGUCGCGAGGGCACCCGACGUGAAUUACUGAGGGAGAGAGAUGAGCUUCUUGAACGGCAAUGCUUUCUGCAAAGGAAGGUUUAUUGCAUUAAGCAAAUGCACGUGUACGUCAAACUUAUUCAAGAGUGCAAGAAUGACAUUGCAGAGCUUAGCAAAGAGCGCCGCGCAUUGUUGCUGUCCAUACGGAGUAACGAAAAGUUGUUGGUAAACACCUCCGAAACGGGGGAUCCGAAAAAGGUGUUUAAGCAGCUAGCUGAUGAAAUACGUGCCAACUCGGUACUUGCGCGGCGAAUACUUGAUCAUCGGCGUCGAGACGCCGUUUCGGCAAUAAGGAUGCGGAAGGAUACUCAGAAACGUGUGGAAAGGUUGGAGGAACAGGUACGUGAAGCCAAGGAAUGGGAACCCCCCACCGAUCUCGAUGAAGGCACACGGACUUUGUUCGAGGAAUACCGAUGGAAGGCAGAAACUAUUUGCGAACUGCACAAGCAGCUUUCUCGCCUCAAAGCCAAGAGUCGGGGAGAUAUGUCUGACUCUAGUGGUGGAAGGGUGGGAAGCCGGCACGACAAGGAAUCUCGUGCAUACUAUGUAGCAAAAAUAAGAGAAUUGAGGGACGAAAUAUACCGUUUGACCUCAAAGGCUGAUCGGCAAAAGACUGCUAACUCACCAACACGUGAACCUGUGGACAAGAGCUUUACAACUCCUCGGGGUGAUGUGGCGCGGAACCUCGAACAGAGGGGUGGGGAUCCGUCCCCAAGGAUAGGGUCAAACGAAGGUAACCAACGCAGUUCUAAUACCGAUAACGGGGGCGGAAAACCGGGUGCAAAGGUGUAUGACCCGCUGGGUGAAGUCAAGCGGCGGGUAGACGAAGCUCGAAGGAGCAACACAACUUCUCAGUUGCUUAGUGAUGAAACUCCUCAGAGUGCGGCUCGUAAUAACUCGCAGCCCCGAAAACGCGGCUCGGUCGAUGACGUUGCACCUGGAGGCGUGAAAGCAACAGGGGAGUCGGCGGGGGGAGAUGGCGGUGAUUCGGCGAAGAGCAAAAGUUCCAAACAGACGGAUGGACAGGGGUCUGACGAGUAUGCGAGCCAAAGGGAUGACUACGAUGAGGACGCCCCGAAAUCGUAUUCGGCCUCCAGGAAAAACGCUGAUGAUUACUCGGAAACCAGUGAAACCGCUUUGCCAGGUGAAGCAGGGGAAAAGAGCUCGUCUGAAAUCGUGGCUUCUACAGGUGGCGGAACGGAUACACAUAGAGAUUCAGGGUCAUCCGGAAAUAAUGGAGCCGCGCCGAACGAUAAUGAGAAGGUUGCAGGUGAAUCCGAAGAUCCCCCCGCGAAAGAAGAUGAAGGUGCCAGCUGGCUAGAUUUUUAG